AUGACCCAAUCUCAAACUCACCGUAAAGUAUCCAUCAAAGCUGCUUCAUCUCCGUUCGCACCACUCGCCGCCGGUUUUCUCCAUCGAACAGAAAUGAAGAAAGGAGUGCAUCCGCAGAAGCAAUGGAUAUCAUAUGUUACUCAAUCUGGUAGGUUGAUGCAUGUGAUGAUGACAAAGAUACAUCCUGUUGGUAAAGUCUAUCAUUUUCGUGCUAAGCGUCAAAUGGCUGAAAGUUUAGGACAGAUUGCCAAGUUCAGACGUCGUUUUGGGUUGGAAAACCCUGAGGCUGCCGAAAAGAAGUGA